AAUUUUAGUUAUUGUGUGUCAUUUGAAUAUAAAUGACUGUGUCAAAUAGAAGAAAUAUUGUUGAUGUGUAGGAUUGGAAGCAGGAUCAAGCAAAAAUAAAUAAAGCUGUUUGUCAAAUGGAUAUAUAGGACUUUGUCAAACUGAAGGGAUAUUGAUGAUGUUUUGGAUUGGAAGGAUUAAUUAAACAGGGAAGAUCAAAAUAAAUAAAUAAUGGCGUAAACAUAACGAGUUUGGAGUGUACAUGCUAAAACAGAAGACAUGAUUGCUUUCACCAGGAGGUAGCUGUAGAGGUCAUUAAGACAGGAUGAAUAUCAUAGUAACAAAAAUAAGAAGCAGCAAAGUUGCUCUUUUUCUGUUUGUAUGUGUUAUUUCAUAUAGUAUUUUCUUUCCAGUACUACAGUACCAGUUCAUUACCAGUAACUAUGCACAAUUCGUAAAACUAGCUGGUCGUGCUUCGCGAAUGACUAUCAUUUUAAAUAAACAAUAUUUUGGUACAAAUUCAUCGAAUUUUCCAGCCAAAAGUAUGGAAUUAGUAAAACAAUCUACUCGGUCACUUACUAUUCUCAAAGGUACUGCAACAAGUAACAGAAGUAGGAAAGAAAAUGCAACCGUUAGGCCAUUGACGUGUGAUGAUUGUUUCCAUAAAACUUUUCACUUCUUAAUCAACAACGAAGAUAUCUGUAAAGGAAAGAAUGAAUCCGUUGAAAUAUUGAUAUUAAUUAUGUCAGCACCAUCAAAAUAUAAGGAGCGAAAUGUUAUUAGAGAAACUUGGUUAACCUAUACUAAAAAUAAUACUGGUAAGAUAAGACAUGCAUUUUUAUUAGGUGAAUCCCCUUUGAAUAGAGAGCUUGAAAAGGAAAAUCUCCUAACAAAAGACAUUAUAAUGGGAAACUUUAAAGACGCAUAUCAUAAUCUAACAUUAAAAACUGUAAUGGGAUUACAAUGGACUGUAAAGUUUUGUAACAAUGCAAAGUACAUCUUCAAAACGGACGAUGAUAUGUAUGUGAAUAUUCCGAAUCUCAUCAGUCUGAUUAAAGAAAAUGGGGAUGUUUUGCAAACCGCUGUUGGUGGAAGAUGUUUUGCGAGUCGCAGACCAAAUAGGGACAAACGAUCAAAGAAAUGGUAUACUUCUUUAGAAAUGUACCCGCAAAAUAGCUAUCCUGGGUUUUGUUCAGGCACCGGAUACGUUACAAGUUUUAACGUUGUUUCCAAAGUUGUAAAUAUAUCCAGAAAUAUUCCAUUUUUUCAUCUGGAAGACAUAUAUAUGUCAUUGUGUGUAAAUAAAUUAGGAUUGAAACUACAUAAUUUUGUGGGAUUUAUACCUUCAUUGGGUAAACUAUUGGACAAAUACAACAAGGAUAAACACCAUCCAUGUAUUUAUAAGAACGAAUCAUUAGUUACAAUGCAUCAAGUUCCAAUAAAAUGGAUAAAACAUAUCUGGCAAACGCCGUGUCGAUAGUUGUCAUGAGAAAAUACAAUGUAACUUGAGCAAAAAUUUGCAAAACUUUAGCGAAAGAAAUCUUUUUGUUUCACGGAACCACACUAAGAUGUCUUUAAAUACUUGCAAGUAUAUUGGAUAUAUUCCGGAAAAAAUCCAACUCCUAGAACACAUGUUUUAUUUAAAAAUGUGUUUUUCUCGUCAUGUGUGGAUAGAUGCAACUCUGGAAAACAUAUUAGAUGAUAAUUUGAACUGAAUUAUAUUCAAAUAUGUUAUUUUCAAACCUAUAUAUAUGCCGAUCUGAACUCAAUUUUUAUGGACAAAUGAAAGGCAGCUAUCUCUUCGUUAUCUUUAUAUCGACUUUGAUUGACAGGAUAUUUGCAAAAGUGCAUCUCGGUUUUGAUACAUGCAUAUGAUUUAGAAAAAUCUGACUAUUUGGAAAGUAAGAAACUAUCGUGUCAUUGAACACAAGGAUCAUUAUAUUGGCAGAAAAGGAUGAAAAAAAUCGGCACUCAAUUUCGAAAAUGUGAAUUUGAUCAAGGAUUUUUAUAGUAAGAAGGAUUGGAAUCUCGUGGUUUAUCGUUUUCUCCUACGUGGCGAGACUUCGCUACUCGCCACUACUACUUGUCACUUACGAUAUCGGAACAAUUUUUCGGUAAUUUUUUGUACACAUGUAUCGAGUUAUUUUCUUAUUUUUGUUACGUUAUAGACAUUGUUGUGAUGGUAAAGGACUUUAAUCAUUCUUAAAUGUAAUUAUUAAUGAUUACUACUCAAGUUUCUUUUGAUGACAAAGCGUAAUUUAAGUGUUUUCUUUUGAUGAAAAAGCGUAAUCCGAUUUGUAAGAACAAUGUGUUUAUAUGUUAACUUCUGUAAAUUUUUAAUUUCAGUCAAUCCUUGAUUUGAUCUAAAAAUAUCUGAGAAGGAAUUCCAAAUUUCAUGUUUAUGUUUCAAGUUUUAUGAAAUAAUAUCGGUCUUUGAAAUUAUGAGUAAAAAAGUAAUUUUUGUAUAAAUGAGAUUGCGUUGUUACCUUUAACAAAUGGUUUUCAGUUUAAUGGUAGAUAUCAGACCCUAUUGAAAUUUUUGAAGCUUGGUACCGUGUUUCCAAUAUCAUAAUAUAUGGAAAAUGCAUUGCCUUGUAUCGUUUCUUUUGCUGACUAGUAUAUUUGAACAUCAAUAUGCUCGUUUAUAUUCAUGAACAGGAAUUUUUUUGUUGUAUGUUUAAUUCAUAAGUAUAUGUAUCUGGGGAGAGGGUUCUCAUUUCUAUUUCUUUUUUGUUGUUUGUCCAUUCCUUCCUUUUGUAUAUUUAAGCACCCUAUUACUCUCUAUUCUUUUUUCAUUACCCAUUUUUCGCUAUUCUUAUUUUUUUUUAUGGUUCAUUAUUUUUUACUCUGCAAACCCCCUCCAGACCCUUAUGUAUUCCAAAGCAAUGCGAUUUCAUUGACAUUUCAAAUUCCAGUUCUUAAUUAUUUUGAAGAAUGGAGGAUGCAGUUGAUUUCAUCAUGACAGACUUUUCUUUGUUAUUUGUUGAAAUUUUGCAUUUUGUUAGUUUAAACUAAUCCACAGUCCUUCCUCCGAUUUUCCGAUAUAAUAAUUCACUGACUAAUUGUAUCACUGUUAACGUUUGUGUCUAAAGAGGAAUACAAAAUUUAUACAAACAUCAUAUGCAAUAAAUUUAAUUUCUACGAUCCAGAAGAAACAUAUUUUAAAAUUUCAAGACAAAGAAAGAUAACAAAAACUAGUUAUUAUAAAAAUAAGAAGAUGUGGUAUGAUUGCCAAUGAGACAAGUCUCCACCAGAGACCAAAUGGCGUAGAAGGUUAGCAACUAUAUAUCACCACACGGAUUUCAACAAUGACCAAAACCAAUACCACAAAAAGGCCUUGAAAUGUCAAAUGUAAACAAUUCAAACGAGAAAACUUACGGCCUGAUUUUAAUAUGUUAGUUAAUAGAUCAUUUCUUUGUACGCUACCUACUGGUAUCUUCUUAUCUUAUAGUUGCUGUUCAGCUUAUUAUGCUCUCAAAUGUUUCAUCGGAUAUGUUUACCGAACUUUUAGUUUGUACAUUUCCAAAAAGAUGUACAAUUCACACAGAAAUAGGUAUAGGUAUCAAAUGCUGAUAUGUUGACACAGGAUUUAGAUAUCCUACUACGUUAUACUCAAAAUAAUCUUCAGUUGUGUCUUUUGUUGUGUUUCCUCCCUCGAUUGAUGUCCUACAAUAAUAUCAUUUGGUUCCCAAAUACUUGGCUUUUUUUGUUUUUUUAAUGCUUGGAAGCCUUUCUUAGACUUUAAUUACUCUGACAUCAAUGAAGUUCAUUCUAAAUUUUGUUUAGACUCCUGACCGACUGUUUAUUUUUAUUUUUUUUACUGAUGCUGAAUAUUAAUAUGAAAGUCCAGAACAGAGCUAUCAAGUUUUUUAUGGGUGUUGGCAAGUAUACGCCAAAUGAUGCUAUUAACGGGGACCACCUAGUGUAAAACAAUGGACAUGUGUAUUUAGGCACAUGGGACAGAUGUAGUGUCAUGAACAAUGACAGAAUAAAUUAUAAAGUUUUCAAAUGGUCACAUAAAAAUGCUGUAAAUAAUAAGAAAAACUGGUGUAAUAGAGUCAUGAAAAAACUGAAAGAUUGUAAUUUUGAAUUGUAUGCCAGUAUUAAUAGUGUGCUGCAUAAGAAUAUUUUUCUACAACUUGAAAAUGUUUUAUUUAAUAAAUAUAUUGAAGAAUGGCAAACGAAAAUUUCGUCACAGAGUAAUGGUAACAAGCUUCGUACUUAUAAGCUAUAUAAAUCACAAUAAUGUACAGAGUUAUAUUUAAAACAAAAUAUGUUUUUUAAAUUAUGAAGUGCUUAUGGAAAAUUUAGAUGUGGCGUUGCGCCACUUAAAAUAGAAACAGGACGAUAUGAGAAUAAACCAAUAAAUGAAAGAUCUUGUUUUAUGUGUAAAAAUGAAAUUGAAGAUGAAAAACAUGUAUUUACUUCAUGUCCUUUAUAUGCAGACCUUCGAAAUGUAUUGUAUAGCGAAGCAGUAAAACAUAAUGAUCAAUUUUAUAACUUGUCUAUUGACGAAAAAUUUGUAUUUUUAUUCAGAAAUGAAGAAUCAUGUCAGGUAGUUGCUAAAACCUGCUUUAAUAUUUUAUGUAGAAGAUUGAUUGAUUGUUGGUUGCUUAACGUCCAGUGUCAAAUAUUUCAUGCAUAUUCAGGACGACUUUUUAUGUAGAAGAACAAAUUUCUUAUUUAUAUAUAGAUGAUGAUGUAUUUUAAAUCUUAGAUAUAUAUAGUUUUAAAAUUAUGUAAAAUAUUGUAUAUAAUUAAUCAUUUAAUAGUCUCACAUAAUUCUUAAUAGAAUGACACUUGUAUAUGUUUUAGUAUUUAAGCUAAUGAUAUUUUACUGUUAGUUUUAAUAUACAAUAUGUUUUAUAUAUAUGUUUUGGAAUGUAUUAUGUUAUACGCUAUGUUUUAUAUGUGUAUUGGAAUGUUUUAUGUUAUACACUAUGUUUUAUAUAUGUAUUGGAAUGUUUUAUGUUAUACGCUAUGUUUUAUAUAUGUAUUGGAAUGUUUUAUGUUAUACGCUAUGUUUUAUAUGUGUAUUUGAAUGUGUAAUGUUAUACAAGUGGUGAGACUUUAAUAAAAUAUUGAAUCUGAA